UUUGUGUACUUUCAGCUCACAAUUAUCAAACAUUUUUCCAUCAGUUGCGGCAGUAAUUGUAGGCAAUUCUCAGCCCCGUGGUAGAUGAGAAAUGAACCCAACCGCAGGAGAAGAGCAGCCCAAGGCAGCAGGAAACGUCAGUCCCUUGCCCCGGCGACGCAGCAACAAAAAACUGAAGCCCUACAAGUGCUGUUUGUGUGGCAAAUACGUGCGUUGCGGCGUCAUUACCAUCUGUGGGCACCUUUACUGCUGGAGCUGCCUGUGGCCGCAGCUGCAUGAUGAGGAGUUUCCCAAAUGCUGCCACUGCCUGAGGCCACUGAUCCUGCACGAGGACAUCUUUCCUUUGCACUGCGAUGGGCCCAACGAUGAGGCCGGCUGCAGUCUGCUGGCCCAGCCUGGCAACGUGCCACGUCCCGCGGGUUUCCACUUCAAAUAUGAGAAUGUUUCCAAUUGGUUUACCUUCUGCGAGCCGAGUGAUAGUUUUCUCUCCACCAGCCGCAAUUUGUACAGUGUGUUGGGAGCUCUGCGCCAUGAACAUCCACGUACUCUGCGGCUGUUGCAGAUCCUCAAGUGGAUCCAAUUGCUGUGCAUCCUUGUCCUGUGCCUCUUGUGGCUCGUUUAACUAGAGCACAAUAACCAAAGACAAAAUAAAUGUACCAAAAAAGCCAGCA